CCCUCUUUUCUCUCUCUUAAACAGCCUUUUUGCUGCUAUAUGAAAAUUUUGUCUCAAAGACAGCUUUCGAAUAUUCAAGCUUUUCUCUCUCUCUAACUUGUAUCAGUUUACCAUUUGAAUCCUUCAAUAAUACUAAAAGUGAAAGAUAGUAAAGCUCUUCUUUUCCAAGAAGCUCCCCCCCUUUUUUAAAAUCACAUUUUCUUGGGAGAUUCUUGUAAAAAGUUUGGAUUUUCUUGGUGGGUUUUGGAUUUUAAGUUGAAAGAUUGAAAGGGUUUUUUGAGUUAAAAAAGUAGUAUGACGAUCAAGGAAGGUGAUCAUGAAGAUGUAAAUGCCUUUUAGAGAAAGGGUUUUCUGGGAAAAAGAUUAAAGCUUGGCAUUCUGGAUUAGGCUGUCUAUUUGUUUGAAGAUUUGAAAAGGAUAUUUAAGUAGGAAAGCAUUAUGGUUGCAAAGGGACGCCAGGAUGGCACAGGCUCUGCAAAAGUGGAGGUUGGAGAGAUAGAUACUAGUGCGCCUUUUCAAUCCGUUAAAGAUGCUGUCACUCUUUUCGGUGAAGGUGCUUUCUCUGGGGAAAAACCCGCCAUAAAAAAGUCAAAAGCUUAUUCUCCUGAGAGAGUAGUGGCAAAGGAGACACAACUUCACGUGGCUCAGAAAGAGUUAAACAAGUUGAAGGAGCAACUAGAAAAUGCCAAGACAACGAAGACUCAAGCACUCGCAGAGCUUGAAAAGGCUAAAAGUAUGGUGGAGGAACUGACUUGCAAACUCAAAACCAUUAAUGAAUCAAAGGAUUCUGCAAUCAAGGCUACAGAAGCUGCAAAGAGUCAGGCAAAGCAUAUUGAAGAAGCAAAUUCUGAUAUUCUCCCGGGACCUGAUGAUGCUCGGAGCCAGGACUUGGAAACUUCUAGGGAGCAAUACAUGGCUGUGAUUGCUGAACUUGAUGCUGCGAAACAAGGAUUGAGGAAGCUUCAUCAAGACUGUGAUGCAUCCUUAGAAGCGAAAAUUACAGCCAUCAACUUGACGUUAGAAGCUAAACAUUCAGCUAAGGCUAAUAUCGAGAAGAUUGGGGAACUAUCUAAGCAAAUUUCAUCUUUACAAGGAUCAAUUGGACAAGUGAAGCUUGCAUCUCUUGAAGCACAGCAAGAACAAGCUAAAUUUUUUGCCGAAAAGGACACACAGAGAGAACUAUAUAAAGCUACCAUUGAAGAUUCGAGAAAGAAGUUGCUUGCUUUAAAGAAUGAAUUUGACCCAGAACUUACGCGAAAUCUUGAAGCACAACUGUUGGAAACAGUUAAUCAGAUUGGGGAUUUGCAGAAGCAGAUGGAAAAUGCAAAGGCUUCUGAUUUGGAGUCUGUACGAAUUGUUACUUUGGAACUGGAUGGAGCUAAAGAAUCACUACAAAAAGUUGCUGAAGAAGAGAACUCGUUGAGAAGUAUGGUGGAGUCUCUGCAGUUGGAACUCGAGAAUGUGAAGAAAGAGCAUUCAAAACUGAAGGAGAAGGACGUAGAAACGGAGUCCAUUGCUGGGAAUCUGCACGUUAAGCUUCAGAAAAGUAAAUCCGAGCUUGAAGCUUUCCUUGUAGAGGAAUCGAAAACAAGGGGUGCUUGUGAAGAAAUGUUUUCUACCCUCCAACAGUUAACAGUGGAAGCGGGAAAUGCACGGUUAGAAGCAACAGAGAUGAAGAAGGAAGCCGAGAAAUUAAAGUUGGAAGCAGAAGCUGCAAGAAUUUCACUUGAGGAAGCCAGUAAGCAACUGAAAGCUGAUUUGGAAGAAGCUGAAGUUGCUAAAGAAGCUGAGAUAAGAGCACUUGAUCAGAUGAAGAUGCUUUCCGAAAAAACAAGUGCUGCUCGUACCUCGACCUCGGAAUCUGGAGCCAAUGUCACUAUCUCCAGGGAAGAAUUUGAGGCCUUGAGCCAUAAAGUGGAAGAAUCCGAUAAUUUAGCUGAAAUGAAAGUGGCAGCUGCCAUUGCUCAAGUGGAAGCUAUAAAGGCUAGUGAAAGCGAGGCCCUCAAAAGGUUAGAGGCGACUCAAAAAGAGAUUGAAGACAUGAAGGUUGCAACUGCCGAUGCUUUGAAGAGGGCUGAGAUGGCUGAAGCAGCAAAGAGAGCGGUGGAAGGGGAGCUCCGUAGGUGGCGUGAAAGGGAACAGAAAAAAGCAGCUGAAGCUGCAUCCAGGAUCCUAGCAGAAGCACAAAUGUCAACUGAAUCAUCCCCACAACACUAUAGACUUCAAAAGCCGAACCCACCAGAGAAAAUUCAGGUACAUAAGUUGGAAAAAGAGAGGUCUUCCAUCUCGAAAAAAGUCCUUUUACCUAAUAUCAGCGGUAUAUUCAAUCGUAAAAAGAACCAAAUCGAGGGUGGAUCUCCUUCUUAUCUACCUGGUGAGAAUCCUUUCUAAUAUUUUUGUACAUUUAUCAAUGUUUUUGUUUGUGUGCAUCUGUUUUGAGGAAUUUAAAGUGGAAUAUAUCCAAGGAUUAGUUUGCAAGUACCAUGGAUUCCCUGUUAGGUUAAAACAUGAAUGCCGAUGAAGCUUCGGUGGCAAGCAAACUUCAGGCCUUAAGAACAAUGAAUGGAUGCUAGCAUCCUCAAUGAUUUGUUCUUGGAGUUUUGGAACAUGUUUCAAGUGAGGCUUCUUUUCAUUUUGAGA